ACGGGACACCGCGGCCGGGGCGGGCGCCGGAGGAGGCGGGGGCAGCGCCGAGACCUGCCCUGAACGAGAGAACUUCUUAAAGUCCCGCCGCCUCCCGGCGCUCGCAGGAGCGGCAGGAUGGCCCGGCCGGGCGGCGGCGUGUGCCGCUACUGCUGGGGGCUCGUCCUGCUGUGGGUGGCAGCGGGCGGCCGCGCAGAAAUCCGCUAUGCAACUGUGUACUGGAAUAAAGCUGAAAAAACACUUCAGGUCAGGAAUACACUGGACAGGAGUGGAGACGCUUAUGGUUUCUACAACAACAGUUUACAGACAACAGGUUGGGGAGUCCUGGAGAUCAGAGCAGGCUAUGGCAGCCAGACCUUAAGCAAUGAAGAUAUCAUGUAUGCUGCUGGCUUCUUGGAAGGCUAUCUCACAGCUCCGCAGAUGUAUGACCAUGCUGCAAAUAUGUACCCACAGUUAAUUAAGAAUCCCACCGUCCGAACUGGAGUUCAGAAUUUUAUGGCGAAGCAAGAUCAAUGGACAAGACAGCAAAUCAGAAAUAAAAAGGAUGACCCAUUUUGGAGGCAUGCUGGCUAUAUUACUGCACAGUUGGAUGGUCUGUACAUGGGAGCCUUCGAGUGGGCUAAACUUCACAGACAAACACCACUGAGCAACUUUGAUGUCCAGUUUCUGAAUGCUGUUGGAGACCUGUUGGACCUCAUUCCUGCAUUAUUUGAUUAUUCUGCACGGGGUGGACAAUGCAAUGUGGAGCCAGGAGGCCAUGGGAGAUACCAGUGGGAUAUGGGACACUGCUCUGCCCUGAUCAAGGUUCUACCUGGGUAUGAGAAUAUCUAUUUUGCCCAUUCCAGCUGGUUUACGUAUGCGGCCACACUGAGAAUAUAUAAGCAUUGGAACUUCAAUAUAGUUGAUCCAUACACUAGCAGCAGCCGUGUCUCAUUCAGCAGUUACCCAGGCUUUUUGGAGUCCCUGGAUGACUUUUACAUACUAGGCAGUGGCUUGGUAAUGUUGCAGACUACCAACAGUGUGUACAACCAAACCCUCAUUAAGCAAGUGGUGCCUGAAUCCCUGUUGGCUUGGCAGAGAGUCCGCAUUGCGAACAUGAUGGCAAAUGAUGGCAAAACUUGGGCAGAAACCUUCUCCAGGUGCAACUCUGGGACCUACAACAAUCAGUACAUGGUGCUAGACCUGAAGAAGGUGAAGCUGCAGAGGAGCCUUGAUGAUGGUGCAUUGUACAUUGUUGAGCAGAUCCCAACCCUUGUGGAGUAUUCUGAUCAAACGAAUGUUCUCCGGAAAGGUUACUGGCCUUCAUACAAUAUCCCUUUCCAUGAAAAGAUUUACAAUCUCAGUGGAUAUGCAUCAUACGUUGUCAAGUACGGCAUGGAUUUCUCCUAUGAGCUCGCUCCGAGAGCAAAAAUCUUCCGUCGCGACCAGGGCAAGGUGACUGACCUGGAAAGCAUGAAGUACAUCAUGAGAUACAACAACUACCAGCGUGAUCCUUAUGCUGAACACAAUCCUUGCAACACCAUUUGCUGCCGGGAAGACUUGAAUCCUUCUUUACCAGUGCCUGCAGGCUGCUAUGACUCCAAGGUGUCAGAUUUCCGCCUGGCAUCAGCGUUCACAGCCUCUGCCAUCAACGGCCCUCCAGUGCAGGGAGGGCUCCCCGUCUUCACCUGGAGACGGUUUAACCGCACGCGGCACCAGGGCCUGCCAGAAUCGUACAACUUUGAUUUUGUCACCAUGAGGCCGAUCCUGUAAAACCAGCAUCAGUAGCCUCAAAUGGAUUUUUUUUUUUUUAAUGAAGAUUUUAUUUCUUGUGUGUAAUAAAUCGACCUGGAUGUCCACAUCCCUGUGCCUUA